GCCCAUUAUCUAAACCCAUACCCGCAAUAUUAUAAGUUAUUCAUAUCAGAAACCCUCGCUGGAAACGCAGUAGUUUGCAGCCGCUCAACUUCGUCUCUCACCGAUUCCUUCCAAGCCACUCCAAAAUGACUAAGAGAACCAAGAAGGCCGGUAUCGUUGGCAAAUACGGCACCCGAUAUGGUGCUAGUUUGAGGAAGCAAAUUAAGAAGAUGGAAGUCAGUCAGCACAGUAAAUUUUUCUGCGAGUUUUGUGGAAAGUAUGCUGUCAAGAGGAAAGCUGUUGGUAUUUGGGGCUGCAAAGAUUGUGGAAAGGUCAAGGCUGGUGGUGCUUACACUUUGAAUACUGCCAGUGCUGUCACUGUUAGGAGCACCAUCCGAAGGUUGAGGGAGCAGACCGAGAGUUAGAAAGGAACAAGUUUUCAAUCAAUUUUGUUGUUUUGUUUUGAAAAUCUUGUACGUUGUUAAGAUUAUUGUUAUAUUUGAUUUGGAUUUAUGAACAGAAAUUUUGAAAGUUGGGCAAGUGUAUGAGUAAUAGAUUAUUGAAUGCUAUUUAGUUUUUAAUGGUGAA